GCUGAUCACGCCACACAACACGCGAAUUUGUAAAUGACCGGUGCGUGUGAUUCAGUCGUAGCUUGUUAUCCUACUAUUGUGUCAUGCGCAUGUUACGCUUGUGAAGCAGGAGCCCGAGGAGUGAAGAGAGUUACUUCACUGACUAUACUGACUGACGAAGAGCACCAACUGAAACGUAUAGAAGUUGUUUCACUCAAUUAAGAAGGAUGUCUCAUAUCGGAAUUUCCGUCGCCAUGGGCCUGAUCAAGGCUUUGGUCACGACGUGCGACGUGAUCACAUUUCCCUUCUACUUCAUCUUCCAAAGACCGUGGGACUACUGGCGGAAGAAGUCGCUCGUUUUCGCACAACCCACGAGACCAAAUGACCCAGGGUCACCGCAUGUACGUACCACCGGCCCUGGCACUGCGGCCCUGGAUAAAAUCAAGACCAUGGCUGAGCUGACACAAGCCGCUGUUCACCUCUUUGGUGACAAGCCUUGCUUUGGCACGAGAGAAAUCCUGGGCGAGGAAGAAGAGAAGCAGAAGGAUGGGAAGGUCUUCAAGAAGUUGAUCCUCGGUGGUUACAAGUGGCUCAGCUACAGAGAAGUAGACCAAAAGAUCGACCUUAUUGGCAAGGGCCUGAUGGCCCUGGGAGUGCGCCCUCGACAGAACUUGGUCAUACUGGCAGAAACCAGGGUGGAGUGGAUGCUAGCCGCCCAGGCGUGCCUCCGCAUCAACAUUCCAGUUGUAACCCUCUACGCAACGCUGGGCGAGGAGGGCAUCAUUCACGGCAUCAACGAGACCGAAGCCACUCACCUGAUCACGUCGUAUGAUCUCCUUCCGAAGAUUUCGAAAAUUUUAAACAAGAUUCCUUCUUUGACGCACAUCAUUUACAUGGAGAGUCCCGUGGCCAAGGGGCCAGUGAAGGGUCCAGAAGGUGUUCAGACGUUGCCUUUCUCCAAGCUGGAAGAGAGCGGGAAGACUGCAGAUGCUGAACUGAGAGGAGAGGUACCCACGGGUGAUGACAUCGCUAUCAUCAUGUACACGAGCGGUUCCACGGGUGUUCCGAAGGGCGUUAUGAUAACCCACGAGAACAUUGUCACUACAGCCAGGGGCUUUAGUGUGAUCUGCAGGAAUAUUGGGAGUGAAGACGCUUACAUCGCAUACCUACCUCUUGCCCAUGUGUUGGAGCUAGCUGCAGAGUGCUUAUCCUUUGCCCUUGGAGCGAAGAUAGGUUACUCCUCUCCUUUGACUCUUACUGACAAAUCAACCGGAGUUAAACGUGGUUGCCAGGGGGAUGCAUCUCUGCUCAAGCCUACCAUCAUGGUCUCAGUACCUCUAAUCUUGGACCGCAUACGCAAGAGCAUAGCUGAGCUAGCUGCAGCCAGGGGUGCUUUCUUCAAUGCUUUCUUUGAGUACCUCAUCUCCUACAAAUCCUUUUGGCUACGUGCUGGGUUCGACACUCCGCUCCUAAAUCGGCUCGUGUUUAAGAAGAUGCAGGCACUUCUUGGCGGUCAUGUGCGUGUCAUAGCCACCGGUUCAGCCCCUCUGUCUGCGGACACUCACGAGUUCAUCCAAGCGUGUCUAGGAUGCUAUGUAGUACAGGGGUAUGGGCUUACAGAGACUGCUGCUGGAGCGACUGUCAUGGACUUGGAUGACGUCAGCUUUGGGCGUGUUGGACCACCCAUAAGCGGAUGCUACAUCCGUCUGGUUGACUGGGAUGAGGCUAACUACCAUGUCACGGACAAGCCGUACCCUCGCGGUGAAAUCCUCAUUGGAGGUCCGUGCGUUACGAAGGGCUAUUACAAGAAUGAGGCCCUGACCAAUGAAUGCUACCUGACUGAGGGCGGCAUACGUUGGUUCUACACCGGCGACAUUGGGGAGCUGUACCCAGAUGGCACGGUCAAGAUCAUAGAUCGCAAGAAGGACCUAGUGAAACUUCAGUUUGGAGAGUACGUGUCGCUGGGCAAGAUAGAGACUGAACUCAAGACUUGCCCCAUCAUCGACAAUCUGUGUGUGUAUGGCAGCUCUUACCACACUUACCUCAUCGCGCUGGUGGCACCAAACCACAAGCAGAUACAAAUGUUGGCAACACAAGCAGGCAAAGAGAAGCUUUCCUUCAAAGAGCUCUGUGAGGACCCUGAGAUAAUCAAGGCAGCUGUGGAGAUGAUUUCAACUCAUGGUCGGAAAGCACAUUUGCAGAAAGUAGAAAUACCUCUGAAGGUAAGGCUCUGCCCCGAGGACUGGCAGCCAGACACUGGGCUGGUGACGGCGGCCUACAAGAUACGGCGCAGGAACAUACAGCAGUUCUAUCAACACCAGAUCGACGAGAUGUACGAGCCGAGCUCUGCAGCGUCCAAGUCGACGUGAAGCACAAAGAGGGCGCUGUGUAUGCAUGUGUGUGUGUGUUUGAACGUGUGGCUGUUUUUGUAAAUAGGUACUGGACGCAGCAGUGAAUGAACUGUGAUAAAGCUGUGACAGAAAAGCAGUCGUAUGCCACUCCCCCCUCCCUCCUUCAGUGAAGGCAGUUUCCUCUGCCCAUUUCGCGCACAUGUUUAUGGCUCUGCCAGCAUCCCCCCUCUCUUUCUCUCCACCUGCCUAACAAAUAAAGGGAUGGACCAAGAAGUCAACAGUUGUGCACAAAAUGAUACCCUCUUAAGUUCUGAUUUAGGCAGUUGUUGCACAGGACAAGAGUCACUGGUCAUGUAGAUAAUACUAGUUUGCCUUCCCACCUGUAUUUAUGGCACAUUUAUCAUUCAACCAUCCUUGUAUUUAAUUUCUAUUUUAUUUUUUUUGUUAACCCAAACUUUUAUAGGUUCUUUCGCAUGUACCAUGCCCUUUGUAAUUUAUGUCUGAAAGGGUCACGUUGAGAUGUUGCAAAUAAAUUUAAGCUGAAGUUCACUUAA